AUGUCGUUGCUAUUCAAUUCGAAGAACAAGAGCAAGAGGCCCAAAUUUCUGCUCCAUCUUGAAAUAAAAGAACUCUCGAAUAUCCCACAGUCGUCGGGCUACUGCUAUGUAAAAUGGCACUUGAAAGACGGUACAGGGACGCUGUCGCACAGUGUCAAGGAGGUGGAGACGUCAGACCAGCAGCAUGUGGCGGUGAGCAACCAGAGCAAGGGGUCGACGGCGCAUGUACUUGUGCGGGCGCAUCGGGCGCGUUGGAACCACCGGCUCGAGCCGCCGGUCAAGGUUAAGUUGGCGGUGGACCACGAGCGACGCCUUGCGAGGAAGGAGCUUACGCUGGACGUCUAUUUUGAGUUUAUGGAGGGCGAACACAUGCACAUGCGUGGCAACUGCCCGAGCCCGAGCCCGAGUACGCUGUCGUCGCAGAGCGGCACGAUCACCGGAGCGGGGGGCUCCGGCGGCAGUGUGUACACGAAGAAGGUUUCUGGGAAGCACCUAUUGGGGUCUGUGACAACCGACCUUGCGGACUACGUCAAUCUCCAGCAAGAACCUAUCACGAAUCGGCUACUCCUACAGAGGUCUAAGAUCAACUCCAUCCUCACACUCAGCAUACGGCUGCAGCUCAUACGUGGUCAUAUGGAUGACUUCCUACUUAGAGAACAGCAGGAACCGUGUUCCGGCACGGGCGCGGGCUGGCAUGACGUCUUCGACGACGGCCCUCCAGACAUGCCACCAGCGCUUGUCGUUCCGCAGAUCACGAGAACCAGUUCUCCCUCGAUGAACAAUAGCAGCGGAAACAGCGCACUAUACCACAGCGGGUUAUCGCCAGCACGCCGCUUCACCAAGACUGACGGGCUGUCUAUGACCUUCACCAACCCAGUGGUGGAGAAGUUGUAUCAAAAAUCCGUCGAAAUACCAUGGGACCCACGCCCAGGCGAGUACUCGGCGAGAGACUGCGUGGAGGACAUCCUUGAAGGGGGCGACGGCUGGGCUAAGAAUGAGCGGGGCUUGAGCUUAGUCGACCUACAGGCUGCGCAUCCCAUUGAAGCGGAUGUCGGCCUUAUCCAGAGGCCGCGGAUUACGAGGUCAGGGCCAUCGUAUCUGCUGGUCCCUCCUAUGCAGUUAGCACCUGCCCCAUCCUCCAAAAUUAGCAUCGACAGGCGCGAUGAUUGGGACUUCCUCAGUGCUAGGCAACGGAAACAUAUCAGAAUCAAAAAUAGAAAAGAGGGCACAGGCAGACUGCUCGAAAACCGUGAGGAGUUCGAAAGCGAUCUUUCGCUCGAGGGCUCUCCUCGACAGAAUAGUGAUGAUCGCAGCUGGCGAGUAAAACAUAUCCUUCCAUAG